AUGGGGACAAGGCAUUCUCCAGAGGGAAACAGAGGCCUUUGGGAUGAGUUCCAAGAGUCAGAAGAAGAAAGGAGUAAGCAGCAAAGGCCUGGGAAGGAAGAGGAGGACUGGGGAGCUGAACAGAAUGGAAGCCAGGAGGCUGGGACAAGAGAGGAGGUGCCGGGCUCCAUUUCCAGAAGUAACAGGCAGUUGGUCCCAGUCCACCACCAGGGCUCUGUGCUGUCUCUGCGAUGGUCAUCUAGUUACACCUGGACAUCACAGGUGCUGACCUCACUGCUCAGCCUAAUUGCCUUCAUCCUGCUGUUGGUGAUGGCAUUCUCCAAGAAAUGGCUGUAUCUCUCUGGGAGUCGCUUCUUCCAGCGCUGGCCAGCCAAUGUCAGUGCCAGAAUCUAUACCACAGCCAAUUUUAUGUCCAUGGGGCUCCUGCAUACCUGCAAAGCUAGGAGCUGUUACAACUUGGAGCAAGGGAAAGUCACCUUCAUUUUCGUCACCCUCAUGUUGUUCCCUAUUAACCUCUGGAUCUUUGAGUGGGAGAAGAAUUUAUCAAUCCCCAUUGGCUGGAGCUAUUUCAUUGGUUGGCUGGUGUUUUUCCUGUAUGUCACCUGUGCGGCCCUUUGCUACUUCAACCAAAAAAAUUUCUGGAGACUGGUUCUGAUGCAUCCCUUUGGCAUCAUGUCCUGGAGCAACCAUUUUCGCUCAGUCGGAGAGUCUCUGAGUAAGAGCAAAGAGGUUACUGACAGCCAGAUGGAAGCCCCAAAUCCUGAGGAAGAAGAAGACAUCUCUAACCUUUUCUGA